UUUUGUCGUUUGUAAAAAAAAGCCAAUGUCAAUCACAGCUGGGGUCGAUUAUGUGCUGUGCUGUGCGUUGUGCGCUGUCGCUGUCCGCUGUGUUUAUGUUUACGUGCUGUCGUGAGUUGUUGUUGGUUGUUGGCUUCACUGGCUUGUGGCUAAACAACAAAGUAACAAACCGAAAAUAACAUUCAAAGUGGACACAGUUUGUAUCUUUUACUUCAUUAAUUUGAUCAAGAUUUACUGUAUCAGGCUUGAAUGUUGUAAUGGCGGAUGUAGAAAUCAAUGUCAGUGGGACAAUGUCCCCACCAACCCAGGAGAAAUCUCUUGCAAGUUUCGAAGCACAGUUAAUAAAACUGUGGAAAAGUCUUGAGUCUCCGACAACGGAAGCUUUGGGUGACGAAGGUGGAUUUCAUCUACCACAAACUCUGAGUGUCAAGGCAUGGUUGAGUCAGUGUUAUCAGAACCUUCGACCUUGGUCAACGUUUUUCAACACAGCCAACUUCAAAGCGCCCGCUGGAGUGCCACUGCUUACGAGGCGAAUCAUGAAAAAUGCGGCCUACUUCCUUAGCAACUACGUUGUCAUUGUGUUUGUGCUCACUCUAUACUGCCUUAUCACAACGCCACUACUACUACUCGCCGUGUGUGCCAGUCUCGGCGCGUGUUACUCUCUCAGUCGGCGCAAUGCUCAGCAGCCACUGGUGCUGUUUGGUCACACACUGUCCUUGGAGCAGCAAUAUGCACUGGUCGCUGGAUGUUCCAUACCUGUCUACAUUCUAGUCGGAGCUGGUUCUGCUAUGUUUUGGGUCUUAGGAGCAUCACUGUUUUUCACAACCCUCCAUGCAGCAUUUUUCAAUAUUUCAGCGUUGGCUUCUGAUCAAGAUGAAAUGUUUGAAGGUGUUACGGAACAGAUUUAAACCUAAACUGUAUGGAAAGAUAUUUUGGGACCAAAAGCAAUAAAGACGCUAUUUCCUAAAUUGAUUUUUGUUGUAACAUUCUAAAUAAAAAUGUUUUUAUUCUGUUU